GUUUGUUGCAGAUUUUUCAGCCAUUGUGCAAUGUCGACCAGCAGCGCUUCCACAGCGGCCGCGUCUGCCGCCAAGCACGAGUGGUUUGCACAGCCGUCACCUUCGUCAUCUGCGUCUACACCUUCGCCAGCCUCAGCUUCAGCGGCAGGGGCGCUGGACGACCGCAUGCGGCGCAUACGGAACUUUUGCGUCCUGGCGCAUGUGGACCAUGGCAAGACCACGCUGUGCGACGCCCUCAUCGCAUCCAACGGCGUCAUCUCGCAGAAGAUGGUCGGAUUUCGCUAUCUCGACAGUCUUCCUGAAGAGCAGGAUCGCUUGAUCACAAUGAAAGCAAACGCCAUCUCACUCACAUUCAAGCAAGACGACAAGACACAUCUGCUCAAUCUCAUCGACUCGCCUGGCCACGUCGACUUUUCGUCGGAAGUGUCGACAGCCGUGCGCUUGUCGGAUGGCGCUGUUGUGCUCGUGGACGUGGUCGAGGGUGUUUGCCCUCAGACCCAUGCAGUGUUGCGUCAGGCUUGGCUCGAGGGCAUCAAACCCGUUUUAGUGCUCAACAAAAUGGACCGGUUGAUUCUGGAGCUGCAAAUGACGCCUCUCGAAGCCCAUCGCCAACUCCAGCGCAUUCUCGAGCAGGUCAAUGCAAUCACCGCUUCCCUCUUCACCGCAGAACUCAUGAAGAAAGCAGCCGAGCAGGCCGAACUGCGCAAGCUCCACCAACAAGAACAGGCAGACGAGUCGCCAGAGGCGCGCGUGUUUGACUGGUCUCUCGAGGAGCAGGACGACACCGCCUUGUACUUUUCUCCGGAUCAAGGAAACGUUGUUUUCGCAUCCGUGUAUGACGGAUGGGGCUUUGGUGUGGAGCAUUUUGCACAGCUGUACGCCCGCAAGCUGGGCAUCAAGCCCGACAUUCUUCGUCAAACGCUGUGGGGCGAUUACUACCUCAACACAAAGACCAAGCGCAUCCACGCCAACGCCCUGGCCCAAGACCGCAAGCCAAUGUUUGUGCAGUUUGUUCUCGACAACAUCUGGGCCGUGUACGACGCCGUCAUGAAUCCAAACCGCGACCAGGCCAAGCUCGACAAGAUCAUUUCCACGCUCGGACUGACGCUCAAUCAGCGAGACAUGAAGAGCAAGCAGCCGCGAGUGCAACUCCAAGCGGUUUGCGGCGCGUGGCUUCCCGUUGCGCCUGCCGUCAUGUCGAUGAUUUGUCAGUGUUUGCCGUCGCCCGUCACGCUGGCGCCUGAGCGAGUGCGUCACUUGUUGUAUGCCGGUCAACCCGCUGCUUCUUUUGGCGAUGCUUCUCGCGCCCUUGAACCGUUUGUCGCCUCGCCGGCCCAACCUCCUGCCGAGAACGCCACCACGACGCCCACGAUUGCCUUCAUCUCCAAGAUGGUUGCCUUCGACCGCCGGGCACUUCCAUUAGCGUUUGGUGGGCAACGACGACCGGGCGCUGUCACGCAGCCGGCUGUCGUUCCUGCCGUUGCCGAGCACGAGGUCGAGCGUCGCCGAGAGAUUGCCCGUCAAAUGCGCGAGCAAAAGAGUGCCAACGCAACCCCGUCCCCCGCCAGCCCUGCAGCUGGAGCGCACCAAGAGCUUGACGCCAUCCCAUUGCCGCUUGUCGGAGCAACCGUGGGUCCCGCGCCCGACGUUGGGCCAGCCCCUGUACCUCUCUCGGCAGAAGUGUUUGUCGCGUACGCUCGAGUCUUUUCUGGCGCGCUGUAUUGCGGUCAGACCAUCAACGUUCUGUCGCCAAAGUACCAACCCAUUCCUGGCGGCGAGGCAGCCAACAGCGAGUCUCUUCCCCCGUAUGCGAGCACUGCCACCAUUCAGCAACUGUUCGUCAUCAUGGGUCGCGAAUUGGAGCCCGUAACCUAUGCCCCUGCAGGCACGCUUGUGGGAAUUCUUGGGCUCGAAGGACAUGUGCUCAAGUCGGCCACCUUGUCCUCUACCUUGUCCUGCCCAUCAUUCGGAGCCAUGCACAUGGAGGCCGCGCCGAUCGUUCGUGUUGCUCUCGAACCGCAAAACCUGUCGCAGCUGGCCCAACUCAAGGAAGGACUGCGCCUGCUCAACCAAGCCGACCCGUGCGUGGAGGUCUUGGUGCAAGAAACGGGCGAGCACGUCAUUGUUACUGCGGGUGAAGUGCACCUGGAGCGUUGCCUGAACGACUUGCGCGAUCGAUAUGCGAAAAUCCCAAUCAACGUCUCCAAGCCCAUCGUGCCCUUCCGCGAGACCGUCGUCCCUCCACCGCAACACGAUGAAGUUGGCGAGCUCAUUGCCAACCAGGCUGUCAAGGAACUGCAGCCGCAGCAAUCGCAGCAGCAACCCUACCAGGUGGAUACCUCGGCGAAUGUGCCGUUCGCUGGUUUCCGCUCGACACAAAACGAUACGCGCAACGCUAGCGUCCCCACCAGUGGCACGCAAAGCGCCCGGCGCAGUGCCGCAACCAGCGGCCACGCAUCCGACGACGAGGAUGAGGAUGCAACAGACGACAAGAGUGGAGGCAAGCGUCAGUUGAGUGAAACGGAGGUCGCGAUCGACGACGUCCUCACCGACCUGGUGCAACACCAGGCUACCCAGCAGCAGAGUCAGACAAAGUCGUCUCGCAUGCUGCGGUUGCCCGACAAUUGUGUGGAGGUUGAGACGGCCAACAAGUUGUGCCGCCUUCGUGUUCGGGCCGUGCCGCUUCCGCCGGCAGUGGUUGCCGUACUCGAGCAGUAUGCGCCUGUUCUGCGACUGCUCAUGAACGUUGCAUCGCCCAAUGCAUCAUCUUCGUCGAGUGCGAUUUUGGGCGAUGGCGGUAUCGCCGACAGUCUCGAGAGCAUGAGCAAGCUCAAGGAAGAUCUCGCCAAGGCCUUUGAAAGCGUUGCACGAGAUCCCGAGCACCGUGCGCAAGGCUGGUCUGCCGCAACGGUUGAGUCCAUCUGGUCUCUGGGCCCCCGCCGCGUCGGUCCCAACAUUUUGUUCAACCGCGUGCCGGGAUUGAGCGCUCCUGCGUUCAAGAGUCUGUGGACGCGUGUUGCGGACAAACUCCAAGCCUUGCGGAACCCAGAGUCUGCGCAACAGCAGCAGCAGCAGCAGCAGCGUUCUGCCAAUGGAGGAUCUGCCAUCACAAGCGCUGCUGAUUUGAACGACGAGCAGCGAACCUUGCUCACGCAGCGUACGUCCGAGGUGGACAACUCUAUUGUGCAAGGUUUCCAGCUUGCGACCCUUGCGGGCCCCCUCUGCGAAGAGCCCAUGGUUGGCGUUGCGUUCGCCGUCGAGGCCAUUUCCUUUUCGGCAACCCCUACCUCCGCGGUGCCAGCUGCGGCAGAUGGCGCAAUGAUGGACGAGAGUGCCACCGAGCCCACAGCGGUCGCCUCGCGCUCCAAUGCCUCGUUGUCGGGCAUGGUGUUGUCGGCCGUCAAAGAAGCGCUCCGCCAAGCCGUACUUGCCCAGCCUGCUCGUCUCAUGAUGGCCAUGUACCAAUGCGACGUCCAAGUCACAACCGAGUCGCUGGGCAAGCUGUACCCGGUCAUUUCGCGCCGCAACGGACGCAUUCUUGCCGAAGACAUGAAGGAGGGCACGUCGCUCUUUCUCAUCAAGGCCCUGCUGCCUGUCGUCGAAAGCUUUGGCUUUUCGGAGGAGAUGCGCAUCAAGACGAGCGGCGCCGCCUCCCCAUUGCUCGUCUUCUCUCACUGGGAAGUGUUGCCACAAGAUCCGUACUGGGUCCCAACCACCGAAGAAGAAAAGCUGCACUAUGGCGACAAGGCCGAUGCCGAAAACGUGGCUCGUCGCUACAUGAAUGCUGUUCGUCGCCGCAAGGGCCUCCGCAUUGACGAAAAGGUCGUCGAGCAUGCGGAAAAGCAGCGCACCAUUUCCCGCAACAAGUAAAAUGAGAGGUGAAGUGGGUUAUUUUUUUUGUUUUCGUCGUGUGUGCGAGUGCAAUACAGGUCUGGUUUAAUGUUUGUGA